AUGGCAGUAGUGCUAGAGCUCUUAGUCAUCCUCACCCUUCUUCUAGCUCUCCUGGCCCUCUCAACCAUAUUAUUCUCCACAAUAUUCCAAUCAAAGCUCCCGCCGAGCCCCAUAGCAUUGCCGAUCAUCGGCCACUUCCACCUCCUUGGGCCCCUCAUCCACCACUCCUUCCACCACCUAUCCCUUCGCCACGGCCCCUUAUUUUCCCUCCGCCUCGGUUCAGUCCCAUGCAUCGUAGCCUCCACGCCGGAGUACGCAAAAGAAAUUCUCAAAAACAACGAACACUCUUUCACUUCAAGGAAGCACACCAUCGCCAUUGCCCGUCUCACGUACAACUCCUCCUUUGCAUUUGCACCCUACGGACCCUUUUGGAAAUUCAUCAAGAAGUUGAGCACAAACGAGCUCUUGGGCACCCGUACUCUCAACACCUUUCUCUCCCUUAGAGAGAAAGAGUAUCGCCGGCUCUUACGAUAUUUGGCAGACAGGUCUGAGGCUGGCGAGGCUGUUAAUAUUACCGAGGAGUUGCUGAGAUUGACUAACAAUAUCAUCUCUCAAAUGAUGCUUGGUCGGGCUGAGGAGGCUCGGGCUGUGGUGCGUGACGUGACAAAGAUUUUUGGAGAGUUUAAUGUUUCUGACUAUAUAUGGUUUUGCAAGCAUUUGGAUUUGCAGGGAUUUGGGAAGAGAAUUGAGGACAUUCAUAGGAGGUUUGAUGCUUUGGUGGAGAAGGUUAUUACAGAACGCGAAGAAUUAAGGAAAAAGAAGGAAGAUGGAGAAAGAGAACGAGAUGAAGUCAAGGAUUUCAUUGACAUUUUGCUUGAUUUUUCGGAGGAUGAAAAUUCGGAGAUAAAGUUGACUAGGGCUCACAUCAAAGCCUUGAUUGUUGAUUUCUUUGCAGCAGGUACAGAUACAACAGCAAUUGCAACCGAAUGGGCAUUAGCAGAGCUUAUCAACCAUCCAAUGGUGCUCGAAAAAGCUCGUAAGGAGAUCGAUAAUGUUGUCAGAAAUAGUAGAUUAGUCAAAGAAUCAGACGUUCCAAAUCUUCCAUACAUCCAGGCCAUCAUAAAGGAAACAUUGAGGCUUCACCCACCAGUGCCUAUGGUCACAAGAGAAUGCAUACAAGAUUGUAAGAUUGGAAACUAUGUAAUCCCAGCAGACACUUUGCUAUUUGUGAAUGUGUGGGCCAUUGGAAGGGACCCCAAUUAUUGGAAAAACCCAUUAGACUUUGAGCCUGAGAGAUUCUUACAGUCUAGUGAUCAGAAGGGUAAUAUGGGCCAUAUCGACAUUAGGGGACAACAUUUUCAACUUUUGCCAUUUGGGUCUGGGAGGAGGAUUUGCCCUGGCAUAAAUUUCGCAAUGCAAGAGCUCCCAACACUGCUCGCGGCUAUGAUCCAGUGCUUCGAUUUUAAGUUGGUCGGACCACGGGGAGAGACAAUGGACGGUGAAAGUGUUGUUGUCAAUAUGGAUGAAAGGCCCGGAUUGACAGCUCCAAGGGCCCAUGAUCUUAUGUGUGUACCAAUAGCUCGCAUGACUCCACUUGAUAUCAUUGACGAUUGACCCCUAAGGAAUGCUCCCCCCACAUAA